GAUUUCGGGCUGCCUCCCGUCUCCGCCCACCCGUCAUCAUCCACAAUGCAACCACCGCCGCCUCUGCCGAGGUUUCUGAUCCUGCUUUCUCCGAGGGCGGCACACAAAGGAAGCGGGAGGUGGGGGAUCUUGGCCUGUCCUUCUCCUCUCCUGGCUCCACCCACCACCCUUUCUCUCCAAGCGCGCGUGUGGACCCUGCAGUGACUUUGCAAGCGUGCGCUCUGCCCGGGGAGCGUGCAUGCUGGAAGCAGGCAGAUUUUGAGGGGCUUUUAAUUUUUAAUUUUUUUUAAAGCGGCGUGUGGGUGACAGCAAGCAAAGGGUUUCCACCCCCACCCAUUCCCCAAAUAUAUAUAUUUAUAAAUUCACCAUCAAUGAAUGAACGUGAUUCCAUGAUCCCGCAGCACCUGUAAAAGGGAUGUGCUAGGUGUGCUCUGAUACAGGAGGAAAAACGGAGGAGGAAAAGUGUUGCGGUGCAAGAGCAGGCAGGAGCUGAAAUCUUUGCUGCGGAGAGAGACGACUGUGAGCUGGGCGGGCUCGCCAGCCCUUGGACGCUGCACCAAAAACCCAGGCUGCAUGACCAUCACAAAGAUGUCAUGGUCCCCUCAGUACCGGAGUUCAAAAUUCCGCCAUGUUUACGGCAAGGCAGCCAGUAAGGAGAAGUGCUACGACUGUGUGCCUAUCACCCGCAGUGUUCACGACAAUCACUUCUGCGCUGUGAACCCGCAUUUCGUUGCUGUUGUGACAGAAUGUGCCGGCGGAGGAGCCUUUAUUGUAAUACCAGUAAAUCAGACAGGAAAACUCGACCCGCAUUACCCUCGCAUCUGUGGGCACAAAGGGAAUGUUUUAGACAUUAAGUGGAACCCUUUCGAUGACUUUGUAAUAGCCUCGUGCUCUGAAGAUACCACUGUUAAAGUCUGGAACAUUCCUCACCACUUACUCACAACAAACAUCACAGAUGCACAGAAGGAGCUUCUUGGUCAUUCGCGAAGGGUGGGACUCAUCGAAUGGCACCCAACUGCGAGCAACAUCCUUUUCAGCACCGGCUAUGAUUACAAAAUCAUGAUCUGGAACCUUGACACCAAAGAGUCUGUAAUUCAGACCCCGGUGAAGACAAUCCACUUCCACACGGACGUUAUUCUUUCCAUGUCGUUCAACACAGAUGGAAGCCUCUUAGCCACGGCCUGCAGGGACAGGAAAAUAAGGGUCAUUGACCCACGAGCAGGAACUGUCCUACAGGAAGCAAACAACAAGUCUCACAGAGUGAAUAAAGUUUUGUUUCUAGGAAACAUGAAAAAGCUGCUCUCCACGGGGACAUCGAGGUGGAACAACAGGCAAAUUGCACUAUGGGAUCAGGGUGACCUUUCCGUGCCUUUACUAGAGGAGGAUAUGGACGGUUCCUCGGGUCUCUUGUUUCCUUUCUAUGACUCGGACACACACAUGCUGUAUGUGCUGGGCAAGGGCGACGGGAACAUCAGGUACUACGAGAUAAGUUCGGAGAAGCCAUACCUAAAUUACCUGAUGGAGUACCGCUCUCCUUUGCCCCAGAAAGGAAUCGGUAUCAUGCCAAAGAGGGGUCUGGAUGUCUCUUCCUGCGAGAUCUUCCGAUUCUACAAACUGAUCCCAGCCAAGUACCUGAUAGAGCCGGUGUCUAUGAUAGUUCCGCGUCGGUCUGAAUCGUACCAGGAAGACAUCUACCCGAUGACAGCUGGAGCCCAGCCAGCCAUGACGGCACAAGAAUGGCUAAGCGGCAGCAAUAAAGGCCCCGUCUUGAUGUCCCUGAGACCAGGCUCCGUCAUCUUGAACUCUUUGCCGCCACUCCCUGCGAAGGAGGCAGUGCUGGAAGCCACAGAGCCUGCCCAGCUGCGGACCAGGGUGGCAGACAUCAUUGAAAAGCCAAGCAGGGUGCAAGAGAGAUGGGGGUACUGGAAGGCCGAGGAGAGGGGGCCAGAAGACAGGAAAAUCGGGCUGUCGAACGGCUUUGAUGUUUUUGAGUGUCCUCCACCCAAAACAGAAAACGAGCUGCUGCAGAUGUUUUACCGGCAGCAGGAAGAAAUCCGGAGGCUCCGCGAACUGACGAUUCAGCGGGACGUGCAGAUCAAACAGCUGGAGCUGGAGAUUAAAAACCUUCGCAUGGAUUCAGGCAGGUUCUGACGGGACGUCGCUUGGCGGCCUUUGGAAGGCGGUUCAGACUCCAGGACAAUGAUUGCCUCCGAGUACUACUGUGGGGAGAUUUUCGAUUAGGAGGACUUGAGAUCUUAUAGGCAACUCAUUGCCUGCCUCAAGUGCCCAUUUUCUGGAAGCCAGAGGCCGCUGGGAUUCUUACGGGUGCUUUGUUUACUAGCCACCUUCUUCGAACCAGAGAAUGAACUGGUUUGAAAGUGGUCCCCGAGUCACUCUGGGAAGUCUCAGUGUGAAGGCAGAGGCUCCAUCAGCUCCCUUGUGCCUGUGUGUGCCUGGUACUUCAUUGAGGAGCAGCGAGGGCAUCUUCCAAGUCCCCGGUGCCCAUCUGAGCUUGGCCUUGUGGUGGUUUUGACUUGUCCAGGCUGUCCAGCAACGAACCGUUGCAACAUGAAGGCGAAGUGGCUCAGGACUCUUCCCUGUUCCUCCCCAGAGCUGAACAGAGCAGGCUGUUUCUACACUGAAUUACUUUUGUCUCUCUUGUGGUCGAUGAUGGUUUGGGGGGGGCAUGUCUAAGUCAUCCGCUUCCCUUAGUUUUAUGGGUUUUCCUUUGCAAAUAUGGUUGCACUCAAGAGGUGAGGAGCAAAGAAAUGGGAGUCUGUAAUCAGUAAAGGCAAAAUCAGGAAUGUAGGUUUGUUUGGUUAUAAAGGGGUACUAAUUUCAAAAGCCAAGCUUUUGAAAGGGAUGUUUCAUUGUUGAGCCUUGUGAAGCAGACCAGGUCGUAACCAGAGCAUAUCUGCAGCUCCUGUCAAUACACCGUCAUCUUCCAACUUCACCCAUAUUUUCCCAGGAUCACUUCAUGCCUUAAGCCAACAAUAGACUGAGGAACAAUUCUCUGAACUGGCUUCCUUCCAGUUGCCUCAAACCCAACCUUCCACUAGUUGCUUCUUCCCUCAGUCACUUUUCCACUGAAUAUUGUUGCCAGAAUUAACAUGGAACAUUGCAGGGCAGUGUCCAGAAAGGAGUUCAGACAUCCAGUGUCCAGCUCACCUUACAGAAUAUUCCGUCCUUCCCCAUUUCAUCUGGUUCAGAGCCUGUUUCUAGGACUACGCCUUUGCAAAAUCACAAGGCUCUUCUUUCAAACCGUUUGCCAUCUUCUGCUCCGAUACCUACGACCAAUGCUUUGCCUGAUCUUCCAUUGCCUGCCGAUUCCCACACAAGUCUAUGCAAAGCACUGCCAUCCGCGUAAUCCGCUGGUCUCGGGGCUGACCACCUGAAAUAUCCAAAGACUGUGAAGCCCUGGGACAGCGAAGGGAUGAGUCUUUGGGAGCAGGGGGGGGAUGAGUCUUCUGGCGGGAUACCUUUAAAGCACUUCUCCCUAAGUCCUGAAAGUUAAGACCUGUUGCUGAAAAACAAAAAAAAUGGUUGGGCUCCCGCAACGUCAGGAGCUGGGGUUUGAAGAAACGCAAGCAGCCCUGCUCAUAAUAAAAUCAUAAAACCCCCAUUGCCCUGGCUAGUUUGGGAAAACUCAAGAGUUGUUCAGGAGUGAGAGCAAGGGCAACACUGAGCAGCACACCCAAGUCCGGUCACUGUAACACCGGGCCUACAGUGCUCACAUACUUCUAUCUUCAGCUAGAUUUCCCCCCCUUCAUUCACUUUCCGCAUAGCUUCUCAGAAAGAACAAUAAUUACCAGUUCAAAAAUCACUCCAAAGGCCUGCUUUUAAUUGCAGCAAUCCCCAAUGGCUUGAUAAAACUGUGCCCAGGCAUGCCUCUCCCAAUCUUGCUUUUAAAAAAUUUUAACCUUAGCAUUAAAUCUGCCAGUGCUUGUUGCUGGGGAGUAACGCCUCUCAUAUCCUACCUAUAGAAGCAACAGUGCAGUUUUGCCUGGAUUGCACUAUUCAGGAAGAGGGUUGGGUAGUUCCUGUGUAUACAAAGUUAUCAUAUCAAGAAUCUAGCCUAGCUUUCUCUUGGCCAUAACGCCUUUUCUAUGUGCAUAUGCUUACAUAGGGAGUGCAUUCAGGCGAUUCCUCCACUUCAGUCUGAAGUGCUACAAGCCCAGAAAAGCUGUCUUAAUUGUGGCUUUGCUACUCUGGUGGUCAGAACAGUGCAAGAGGCAUCAUGAAACCUGUAGGAAACUCAACCUUACUUGGAUACCAAGCUUUUACACUUUUAAACUGACCUCUGAAUAUUAAGGGGAUUUUAUACCCAUUGCUUGUGGACUUUUAUCCAAUCCUUUUAAAAACUAGUGUCUCCACACUUCAUUCCAGAGGGCCGUCAUCUAUUAGGAACUUUUAAUAGUCAUGCUGACUGUCCAUUGGACAGUCUAGAUCAUGUUGUCUCUCCCAAAUGUGACUAGCCAUUAUGUUCACAAUCGGGGCACAAUGGGGAUAUCCACCCUCUACUGCUAAUCUCAGAGAUUUUCUCUCUCCUGCCCACUGCCCCUAAAAAAAGCCGAGUGAUCAGUUUUAUGUAGCUGUUGCUAACAGUUUAUUGUUGCAGUCCAACAGCAUGAGACUGCUGUGUAGCCUUUUUGCUGGUUGACAAGGAGGACUGAAUCCAGGUUCCUGUUCCCUUAUCCCAAACAACUGACGAGCAGGGAUCCAGCAUUUAUUUUUAACAGAUUGUACACACACAGGGAUGGGACUAGGGCACCAUCCAUGCAGAAUCCGUUGGCACAGGCUCUAAUACCUCCAGCUAAGGAUACAUGUGCAGAUAGUCCAAUCAGGAUGGAGAAAAAUGAUUGUUAGUCAUACUUAGGGUAGACUCAUUCAUAUCAAUGGACAAGUCAAUUAAUUCCAGUGGGUCUACCCUGAUUAUGACUAAUGCUGGCCACCACCCCGCU